UCACAGAAGUGGGAUGAAAUGAACAUCAUUGCUACGUACCACCCCGCAGACAAAGAUUAUGGCUUGAUGAAAAUAGAUGAGCCAAGUACUCCUUAUCACAGCAUGGUAGGAGGAGAUGAUGAGGAUGCAGUCAGUGAUUCAGAAUCAAAUGAGCCCUUAAAAGCAGAUGUGUUGAGUAAAAAACUGGCAGCUGCAGCUGAAGGUAAAGGACCCAAGAUCAUAGCAAAGCAAGAGGAAAGCAGUGAGGAGGAGGAAGAGGAUGAAGAGUUAACACCUGAAGAACGAGAGAAAAAGAAACAGUUUGAAAUGAAGAGGAAAAUGCACUACAAUGAAGGGCGAAACAUCAAACUGGCGAGACAGCUCAUUGCGAAAGAACUGCAUGGUGAAGAAGAGGAUGAUGAUGAGGAGGAGGAUGAAGAGAUGCAUGAUGCUGCAGAUGUAGAAACAAUGAAUACAGAAGUUGCCGAACAUG